UGUAGUCCUCACAUCUUGCGUCUCACCGGCCGAAACUGCCGCCAAGAGAAACGAUGUCAUAGUCAUACCAUAUGAUUGGUCCGACAUGAAGAAAAAAACAUCCAUAUGUGAAUCUGAAUUUCCCAAAUCAUUGUUAUGCAUCUCCAGGUUUUCAGCUUUCCUUUUUUUUUGGAAAGUCAUUGCUGUAGGAAAUUCUAUAAACCGAGAAGCAUUGACAAACUCAACAAGAAUAGGCAAAUAAUGUCCCGCACAAAUAAGACACUCUAUGUUACUUAAUACAUGGGGAUUUGAUUCCCAGCCGGAAUCGGCGGAAAAGCGUCCCGGGUCGAUUUUAGAUCGACAGAUCCGGAACUAGUCCGUUUAGGAUUGAAAACAACGAAGAGAUCCUUUAGGAAACGUACCCAGGACCUGAAGGACGCAGACUCCUGAGGAUUAGUGGUUGCCCUAACCUAAACCGAGGAGGCGAAGAACUGAUUGAUGAGCCGGCCAGAUAUUGCUUUACGGUCUCACGUGCUGCAGAUCCCAAUGGCAAGCUCAAGUUCUUUCACGGAGGAGGAGCUGGUGGAACCGCAGGUUCAGAAAAGCCCACCAGCGGAGUCGGCCGGAAACGCUGCAGAGACGACGAGGGACACAGUCAAGAGGAAGAAGAAGAUCUUGGUUCAGGAGCCAGGGUGGUAUGUUAAACACGUCCUAUCCUACAAGCCAGUAGAACUUAAGGAACCGGAGGUGCCCGAGGCCAUCAUCAAGCACGAUCCUGUCCUGGCGGCUAACAUGUACAUCAUGAUGGCCAACUCGGCCCUCUAUGACGAGUACACGAAAGAGGAUAUGCUUGAGAAGCAGAGGAACUUCAGGCACCAGUUAAAAACCCAGGGCAGAGUCACACGUGAGAUCGAGGUCGAUGAAGACGAUGACAGGUUUGAAUGUGCUGCCGCCAGAACGGGACGCAGGAGACACCGCCCUGGGGUCAUGAACAAGCAAGAUGGACAGACCAGGAAGCUCAAUUGAAUUGUGUGUCGGUUCUUAUGCUACUCCCUCAAAUAGUGACAAUAAUUAAGAUCCACUCCCUUGUGUUUUGGUUCAGCAUGUUUACUGUGCUAUUUCACGACAACUCAUCUGAUUUUAUCAGUCUUAUA